AUGUUGAAAAGCCAUGGAAACACUUCAGUAGCCAUUUCUAUAGGAAUUUUGCUAUUUUUAUUAUUGUUGGUCUGUGGAAUUGGGUGUGCUUGGCACUGGAAACACCAUAACACCACACGAUUUACUUUACCAAGGUUUUUGCAAAGGGGAAGCAGCAGGAGAAAAGACCAUAGUAAAAGAUUCUCCUGGAGUCCCUACGUUAUUGGCACAAGGCAUAAAAUCUGCAUUGAAACCCAAGACCACAGAUCUGCUGUUGCAAGAACUAGCAUACAUGACAACUACGAAAAUGUGGAAGCAGGACAAACUGACAAGGAGCUAUAUGAAAACACACGGCAGCCUAAUUCCGAAGAGCAUAUCUAUGGAAAUGAGAUAUCCUCUGACUACUAUAACUUCCAGAAGCGUUGUUGUUCUGAAGUUCCUCAAGAUGAAGAUAUAUACAUUCUUCCAGAUUCAUAA